AUGGUUGCAGAACUACCCACCGAAAUUGUCAUAAUCGUUUUUGACUUCGCGGCAAGCUCAUCGACUAGCAGUGCAUAUAGUCUGAGUUUGGUAGCGUCCUGGACCAGAUUUCUCGCGGAACGGCGACUAUACUCGACCUUGUGUGGUGCACGGCCGGAACAACGCGACGUCAUCAGUCGGCUUAUGGGGGGAGAGGAGGAUACCUACCGCCGCCAGGCCGAAUAUGUUCGCGGUCUAUGGCUGGAGCCUGACGACCAAUAUUCCGGGCCAGACAUCCCGCAUCUGCUCCAGAUCUUUCCCAACUUGCGCAACGUGGCAUGCAACUGGUUGCGUUUUUUGCCGGGCACGGCAGAGGAGCCGGAAGCAGAAUCCGAUGCCAUCGCACGCCAGAAGGCUCGCCAGGCCGUACGAGGUGAACCUUUCCACUUGACGAUGAAGUGGCUCGCGGGCAACGGCAGGGAUCCUUUCAUUCUCGAUUCAGUCACUCAUCUGCGACUCCUGACGGAUCAUGGGCUGCCGCUGGUGUUCGAGAACGCAUUCGGACACGAUAUGGCGGCGCCCUUCGAAAGCCUUACCCACUUGGCCGUCGCCAACCACCACCGUGCCACCAACCCCGAUUUCCUUGCGAUUCGCAAGAGGCUUGGCCUCCAGAUGCUGGUGCUAGAGGAGGAUGACCGGUACAGCGGCGUCUUCGGACCAUUAGUAGAUUGGAUCAAGAAUGAACGCUUGCAAGAUAGCCACAUCUACAUUGUUCCUCGUCGUGGGGACAGAUGCGCUUUGCCCUGGGAGGCGGAUGCUCGUGGGGGAGUCAGCAUAUGGGAACGAGCAAGAGCGUUCACCGAACAGAUGGAACGAGAUGGGUGGAUUAUCGACUCACAAUGGCAGUCGCGGACAGGCGAUGAGUGGAAGACACUGCCCGGAAACGAGUCUUUGGGCUACACAGUCACGUCUCAGCUACCCUCGGUAAUCGGCGGAUGGGCAAAGAAGGCCUUUUCAUUUCGUAAAUAA